UUUCCUCCAAGAAAGAAACGAAAACUCCGGUAAAAAAAAACAGAGAGAAAGAAACGGAAACCACAGCCGGCCGAAGCCUCCGCUGCCCCACCGCCGGUACAGGAGCCAAGCAGCAACGCCGCCGCCCGGAGCUACGCCGGCGACGAAUCCAUAGGCAGAACAGGGCAUCAACAUUGUCAAUUGGAGAGGCUUGGAGCUGCUUUGGCAUCCACAGUAGAGCAAACACAAGAAGUAUCGACAUGGAUUCCAGCAAUGCACAGUCUGAAGGUUCUCAGCCACCUGUUCCUCCUAAAAACCCUACCAUGUCGUCGUGCCGGAAGAAGAAAACCGAUGAUGAUGCCACCUUCCUCGAAGACGUGAAAGAGCACAUUGACGAGUUCAUCCAUGCCUCCAUGGACGAGCACAAGACCUGCUUCAAGAAGACCAUCCAGAAGAUGUUCGGGAUGUCGAAGGCUGUUGCGGAGCGGUCCGCUGCAGCAAAGGAAGCUGAAGUCGAAAGCGCUUUGCCUCUUAAGACCAGUGUGUCCCAGUAGGAGGUUGCAUUGGUGGUGGCUGGCCGGUUCUUGCUUUCUGGUGGCCUGGUUCUUGUAUCAGCAAUCUAGCUAGUGUUUUUUUCCUACUAUUGCUGUGUGGUCACUAUAUAUUUUUCUGUAAGAAAUGUUGAGUGAUAUUAACAUGAGUAUAACAUGAGACUGGAGCACUGGCAGGUUUUGCUA